GAAAAUGCUAUUUUAUGCAUAUUAGUUGUUUUAAAGUUAUAAAAUAAAAUGGAGAAAAAAGGAAAAUUACAAAGUUAUAUAUUCAAAGCAUGGUGUGAAAUCAUGUGACAUCAUUGGUCUGACACAGACAGAAGUAAACAAAAGAAUGUUGAUUGGGACGGUAGACAUUCUGUCUCUGUGAGGAUAGGGGAACUGGGGAAGUGUGUGUGCAUGUGAAGGGGGAAUGUUUAGUGUUUUAAAUAAGGUUAAAGUAAUAACCUAUUUUUGUGUGUAAAAAAAUAUAGGGUGGGGAUACGGUUGCAGUUCAUAGAAUUGUAUUGGUGUUAAUAUAGUUUACUAGUGAGUAGAGGCCGUUAGUAGAGGUUGAUGUGUUCUAUACUGAUUUUUAUUGAAGGUUUCAAUGUUAUUUCAACAGUGAAUAAAGUUUUGUGUUGGAGGAAAUUUUAAAUAGUUUUUACCUAUAGGUUUAAAUAGCUGUUGGGUGUUUUUAUAUAUAGUUAGCUGUACUCAUUUAGAUUAGUUGCAGUAAUUGUUUGUGCAAUGUUUUAAUAGAAUAUUACAUUACUAUUUUUUAUAUUUUUGUUGGUUUGAGAAAUGUGGUUUCUGGAGGGGGUGUUUGCUAAAGAAUUAAGGGUGUUUCCCAAUGUAAGCAUUUUUUGAACUUCUUUAUUUGAUUUGCUGUGAGAGUCAAUGGGCAGGGUUUAGGGCAUGAUUGUAUUUAGUGAGGUAAUGCAGUGGAGGUGUGGUUAUUGAAACUACAGUGUAUUGGUUGGAAUAUUAACAACUGUAUGUAAAAAGUAAAGUCAUUGUAAAUUCUUGUUACUUGCAGCAAUUGCAGAGAUGCCUAAGCUGAAGAGAUUUAGAAUGCGGCGUGAGCCAUUCAACAACAAAAGUAAGGCAGAUGUUUCUAAUUCUGAUGCUUGUGUUUGCCCAGAUGUGGUGGGCAUUGUAGCUGCCAACGAAGUUAGACUGAAGUCUGCAGAGGUGACUGAGGAGUUUGUGGGAGUAGCUUGUAGUGUAGUUUCAAUUGUUAAGCACAAGAUACAUAAUGUUUGUACUUGGAAAAAAUCUGACAUUCAGGACAUACGUAUUGAGGGAAGUAAACUGGUUAAUGACAUGACUAGCUGUAAAAAAAAGACAAAUAGUUAUGGAGACUGUCGAUUUUCUCAAUGGUUUGGUGGCCAAUAUGACAUUUUCAGUAAAACAUGCAAAGUAACAAUAGAACAAUCACUGAAUGGAGGAAAAAAUGACUUGUAUGAGAAAUUACAGGAGAUUUUGUUUAGUCAUGAAUCUUGUUUGGUCAACAUAAAAGGAGACACGUGUGCUAUUGUGAGGCAUAAGGAUUUCUAUGUUGUUGUUGACUGUAAUGUCCGAAAUGCAUGUGGUUUGGGAUCAGACAUUGGAACAGCAGUUGUUGUUUUCAACACAAAUUGGCAUGACCUAUUUUUGCACAUUGAUAAUUUAAUGACAAGUCUGAAUGCAGAAAACUUUAGUAUAUGUGGCAUCAAUGUCAAUUUAACGUCAUCAGAUACGCCACGAUUUGUUUACAAUGAUACUGUUGGAGAAAAGAGUGUAUGUACAUCAAAUGAGCCUGAAGAAAUCUCAGCAUCUACAUUAAAGCAAAGAGAAGGUGUUAGUAGCAUCCGUGGAUCAUUUCAUCAGGGUGACCGUAUGUUCAAGUGGCCAGGGAAACAGUGUGUUGCAAUUAGUUUGGCAGCUAUAGCGAUGCACAGUGUACAUAGUGUGUUCUCAUGGGAAAGUAAAGAUCUAGAUAAUGUUGUAAAUACUGGCGAUAGCUUGUAUUCUAGUUUGCGUCAAAGUGGUUUAAUCAGUGAUCCAACAGGGAAAAACUUGCUGUGUAUUAAAGAUCUUCCUAAAGAAUGUGUGUUAGGUACAAAUGCAUUCAAAUUUGAAUAUGCUGAUUUUGUUUCUGGAUAUGUAGAUGUGGUUGAUGGAGAUUUUAUUAGAUCUGGUGCGUGUGUGACAUUAGCCGAUGGUUUGAAAACAAUGUUUGAAAACUAUGACACAUGCUUUUUUACCUUGAAUGGUAGUACUUGUGCCAUUAUUAAGGAAAAUGGUAAGUUUGCUGUGGUUGAUUCUCAUGCACGUAGCAGUGCUGGGAUGGUUGAUGGUAAUGGCUUUAGUGUGGUUGUAUAUUAUAAUUCACUAAGUUGUGUUUUGAAGCACAUUGAAAAUUUGUCUGCAUUUACUAGAAGAAACCUGAAGAUUUUUGAAAUAAGUGGUGUCUGUGUCCUACUUAAAGGCCAAAAAAAAUCUGGUAGUCACACAGAAAACAUAAAUGAUGAAAGUGAAAAACAAGAAAAAUCUGGUAGUCACACAGAAAACAUAAAUGAUGAAAGUGAAAAACAAGAAAAAUCUGGUAGUCACACAGAAAACAUAAAUGAUGAAAGUGAAAAACAAGAAAAAUCUGGUAGUUACACAGAAAACAUAAAUGAUGAAAGUGAAAAAACAAGAAAAAUCUGGUAGUUACACAGAAAACAUAAAUGAUGAA